CUAGAUGUAAAAGGUAAUCCAUGUGAAGACCAUUGCAUAUUGCAGCAUUCAAACAGAAUUUGUGUCAUUGCUCUAGCAGACGCCCAUCCUGUUUUACAGAAGGGAAAAGCAAUCGAGAGAAUUAGCUACCAGAUCAGCGCAAACUGCAGCAGGCUGCAAAAUAAAGUCUCUGGGAAGUCAAAACGGGGUGCUCAGUUUCUAACAGAACUUGCCCCUCUGUGUCGCAUUUACUGCUCCGAUGGGGAAGAAUAUACCAUAUACAGCUGCAUUCGAGGGAGAUUAAUAGAAGUGAACGAAAGCCUUCUCGGCGACCCGUCAAUCCUGCAGCAGAAGCCUUUCACAGAUGGAUACGUUGCAGUUGUACUACCAAAAUUUGAGGAAAGCAAAACUAUAACUCAGGGGCUUCUGACGCGGAAAGAGUAUGAAGAGGUUUUGUCAAAACGUUUUAAUUCCGCUUCUUGAUGACCUAGUUCUACACACAGCAGAUAACAAUACACAGAAGAAUGAAGUAUUUCAUAGUUGAAAUGUGGACGACAGGUGACUUCUGGGGUAUCCUACUUAAGGGGACGCAAGACUGGAUACAGGAAUCUUCAGUUUAUUAUAGCCACAUGAUUGGAAAGCUGUUCGUUUCCACAAGACAGAGUAAACUGAAUGAGUAACACUGAAUGUUAAUCCUAAACCUGUAAGGAAGCAUGUGCAGGACUGAACACACGACCAUCAAAGGUUGCUUGAUCCUGCCCUGAAAUGCAGGAGUGCGGGGGGGGGGGCAGUGCUGAAAUAACUACCUUGCUCCUUUAGAAAUGAGAAGAUUUUAAUGCCAAUAAAAGGGUCUUUUUAAGAUCCAUGUUUCAUUAGUAAAGUGUGUUUGUUUCUUUAGUAAGUCCAAAAAUGAUGAACUACCAUGGUGUGAUCUUGUUACCAUGAAGAUUCAGAUGGCUGUAAUAAUCAUCCAGUUCCAGAGAGUUGGGUGGGAAUCCACCCGCAGAAAGAGACAUUCACUGGCAAACAGCAGGGCUUGGAUCCAGCAACAGUGUCCAUCCACGGACUGCGACUUCGUCCUGUCUCUUGCCUCCCCCUGCAGCCCAUGAAUGCCUCCUGCAGUACUGCUCCUGGGGGACAGGCGCCCACCCCCCUGAAACGGGGAGCCCAGGGGGGGGAAGGGGCAGAAAUCCUCUGUGGGUGCCCGACCCCAAGAUAUUCAGUGGUGUUGGCUGGCCUAAGAUGAAGGGGUGUGUGUGGGGGGGUAAUGGGGGGAAGUGCGGAACAAGGGGUGUUUAACCAUGAGGCUAGUUGGCUGCCCCUCACGUCGACAGACAGCCCUCGUCUUUCCCAAGAGUCCCCAGUCUGCACCCCCCUGCUUGCUACAGCACAUCUUGUCUGUCAUCAGGGGAGGUUUCCUAAGAGAGGGCUGUUUACCGUUUUCAAUAUAGCUAUGAUGCCAGGACCAUAAUGGCUAGUGAUUCAGCACCGUUGUGCAGGAGCGAAAUGACGUUCCACUUAAGACCGCUUAAGGCACCCGUUCAGAACAAGCCUGGAGUACUUUUCGGGUCUGAGGCUCAAGUAAUGCCCCUUGUUGUGCUAGUGACUGGCUCCAAACCACUGCAGGCAGUUCAAAAUCCCUCUUAAGUGGAUAAAACUGUCUUUGUGACGCCACAGUUUCUAAGGCACGCAAAGUAACUUGGACUUACUCGAAUCAACUGAACUUGCUUGAGUCACUUGAGUCAGUGCUUGGAUCCUACAGUGACAAUUCUACUAGUACAGAGGUGUGCACAAUAUUAAAGAGAGCCUAAAAUAAGCUCUUAACCGUAACUGGCUUCCUCAACGCUACUAAUAUUUUUCAUUUUUAGCUUAAAGUAGUUGGCAAAUGUGUUCAUGAAAAGGGAAGUUUCCAGAAGGCUCUCAUUAAACCUUUCUUGUAAUCCGUUGAUGCAUCCAGAAGAGGU